CCUCCUCCUCUCCCCUCUGUGGGGAAAGAGGGAGACGUCAGGCCGGAGCGGCGAUUAGCAGGCGCUUUAAGUGGAUGAGAAAGCGGCCAAGCUCAGGAGGAGCGAGCGGCAGAGGGAGCGUCGCAGGCAGGCGCCGCCGUUCCCGCCCCUCUCCGGCUUCAGCCUUGUCGCCGGGCGUCCUUCUCGCUCCCUGACCGGCUCGCCGGAGAAGAGGCGCCAUGCCCCAGACGGUGGCUUUGACGGGCCCUUCGCCCUGGGGAUUCCGGCUGGUGGGAGGCAAAGAUUUCAGCACCCCGCUGACUAUUUCCCGGAUUAAUCCUGGAAGUAAAGCUGCUCUUGCCAACCUUUGUCCGGGUGAUGUCAUUCUGUCAAUUAAUGGUGAGAGCACAGAAAACAUGACACAUCUAGAAGCACAAAACAAGAUCAAAGCAUGUCUGGACCAGCUGACACUGUCUGUGAACAGGGCUGAAAGCAAGGCGUGGUCCCCUAAUAUUUUAGAAGAUGGAAAGGCACAAGCUUACCGAGUCAAUGUAGAACCAGAACCACAGGAUAAUGGGCCUGUUCCAAACAGAAGACCUGCAAACUUUCCACCUACAGGAAACCCAACAGACAAUAAACAGACAUCAAACCUGCAGUACAGUAAUCCUAACCGUCUAUAUUCAAACAGCAAUGCAGAAAAUCUCAAUUUACCCUCACAGAUGAGCAGCCUCCAUCUCACAUCUCCUCAAAGUGCUGACCCUUUGAGGUCUCUACCAAGAAACAAAAAUGGAAUUGACAUGGACUCAGAUGUGUACAAAAUGCUGCAGGAUUAUGAAAGGCCUGUUUCAGAACCUAAACAGUCUGGGUCUUUCCGAUAUCUACAAGGAAUGUUGGAAGCUGGAGAAAAUGGUGAAAAACAUGACAGGCUGGCUAGUCCAAGGCAUCUUAAAUCUCCAGUAUCGAAACUGGGUGGAGCUGUGUCUGGCUUACAGAUGCUCCCGGAGUGCACCAGAUGUGGCAAUGGAAUUGUUGGUACAAUAGUGAAAGCCCGCGACAAGCUCUACCACCCAGAGUGCUUCAUGUGUGAUGACUGCGGGCUCAAUCUCAAGCAAAGAGGCUACUUCUUCAUUGAGGAGCAGCUGUACUGCGAGACGCAUGCGAAGGAAAGGGUUAAGCCACCAGAGGGAUAUGAUGUGGUAGCUGUUUAUCCCAAUGCAAAAGUUGAACUUGUCUAAAUAGAUACUCUUAUUUCCGGGAGAGGUCAAAAGGUGGCACACCCACCCACAGGAACAGGCAGUUUUAAAUGUACGGCUGUACUCAACUCCAGUUACUCAAGUCUCAGUAAAAUGCAUUUUCAGAGAUAAAAUGGGUUUACACUUGGGAUCUUAAGGGGAAAAUACUGAAAACUUCUGAACAACCUUUUGACACUUUGCUUUCGAGUUGCUGUAUUUUUAGGUUUUGGUUCUUGCUUUUGAGCUGCAGAUAUUUUCUUUUGUGCCCUAGUCCAAAACUUCUGUAAAUAUGGAUGGUUUUUAAAGCAUUGUUUUAUAUUCAACCAGUAUUCUUCCCUCCUGCCCUGUCUCAUUUAAAACAUGAUGAAGAGUGUUUCCAAGGCUGAAAGGAAAUAAGGCACUUUAAGAGAUGAAAUCAACAUUUUGUAGCAUUGUAUUUUUCUUUUGUCAGUAACACACAUAUACAAUAAACAUUGCUUUAUGGCUUUUUGGAGGAUAGAACAUUGACACCAUGUUUAAUGAAACUGGAUAGUAGAGUCUUCGCAGUUUUUCUGGUUCCCACUGGGAGGUGUGACUUCUGAGAACAUAAGUAAAGUUUUUAGUUACUUUGUU